CGAUAUGAUUACGGGGCUGCCUCCCCUCUUUCUCUCGUGCGGUAGCCAUUCUUGUCAAAAUGCCUCCAAAAUCAAAGAAGAUCAAAGUCAAAAAGGUUGCUGCAGCACCUUACACUACUUCCAAAGUUCCUGUUAAAAAGAAGGUUAUCAACCCUUUGAUUGAAAAAAGACCAAAGAACUUUGGAAUUGGUGCUGAUGUACAGCCAAAAAGAGACUUGACAAGAUAUGUAAGAUGGCCAAAGUACAUUCGGCUUCAAAGACAGAAGCGCAUUUUGUAUCAGAGGUUGAAGGUCCCACCAGCAGUCAACCAAUUCACCCAGACCCUUGACAAAAAUACAGCUACACAACUUUUCAAGCUUCUCCACAAGUACCGACCAGAAACUAAAGCUGAAAAAAAAGCCAGGCUUACAAAAAUUGCUGAAAAGAAAGCAGAAGGUCAGCAAGAAGCCCCUGGAAAGAAGCCAAUUGUCUUAAAAUAUGGAAUCAAUCAUAUCACCAAUUUGGUCGAAAGCAAAAAGGCUCAGCUUGUUGUCAUAGCACAUGAUGUUGAUCCAAUUGAGAUUGUUGUUUGGUUGCCAGCACUUUGCAGAAAAAUGGGUGUCCCAUACUGCAUCGUAAAAGGAAAGGCAAGGUUAGGAAAGCUGGUUCACAAGAAGACAGCCACAGCUGUUUGCAUGACAGCCACCAGGCAGGAGGACAAGCAUAACAUGGAGAAGAUCUGUGACAGUGUGAAGUCAAAUUACAAUGACCGUGUAGAGGAAAUUCGACGUCACUGGGGAGGAGGCAUCAUGGGGUGCAAGUCUCAAGCUAAAAUUAUGAAGCUGGAAAAGGCAAAGGCCAAGGAACUCAGGGUGGCAUAAACACAUUUCUGAAUAGAAUCAAAUGUAUAGAUGAA